UUGACAGUUUAAUUAGCUAGCACCUGUCGCCAUUGCCAUGCCUCCCUAGCUACCUAAGCUUAGCUCACAUUCUUCUCGCUUUCUCACGCCCUAUAUAUACAAACAACUCUUGCUUCCCACAAUCUCCACUACUAUCUCAUCGAUCGAUCUUGGCUAGCUAGCUAUGGCGACCACGACGACGACGGAGUCGCUGCUGCCGAUCGGCCGCGUCGAGGCGGCGGCGGCGGAGGAGGAGGUGGUGCUCGGCGCCGGAGACGACGACAGUGACGUGGAGAGUGGUGGUGAGUCGUCGUUUAGCAGGGAGGUCAGGAAGCGUGUGUCACGCCUCUCCGUCGAGGGCGGCGGCGGCGGCGGCGGAGGCGGCGUGAGGGAUCGCCGGGGUAGCAGUGGAGGUGGCCGGAGGGUGCUGCCGCCGCCGCACGCGUGGCUGGCGGUGGAGGAGACGGCGGCGAGGAAGAGCUACGGGAGCGACCCGGAGGAGCAGUGGAUGCGGGUGCUGCAGGGGGGAGCUUACGGCGGCGGCGGGGUGGCGGCGGCGGCGGCGGCGCAGAGGCAGGUGCAGCGGCGGAGCAGCUUCAGCGUGGUGCGGCGGGAGAGGGCCGCGAGGGAGGCGUGGCUGGACAGGGCGUGGGAGAUGAAGCGGAGCUGGCACGAGCGGAACGGCGGCGCGCCCGACGCCGACACGCCGGUGGUGGUGGUCGUCGGGAAGGGCCCCCCGUCGUCGCCGACGUCACACGCCGCCGGCUCUGUCGGCGGCGGCGGUGUCGCCAUGGACAUGGAGGAGGUCCGCGCCUGCAGGGACCUCGGCCUGGAGCUCCCCUCCGACUGCACCGUGGAGAUACAAUGCUACGGCCUCUCCGCCACCAGCAGCCCCACCCACACCAACUCCGGCAGCUGCAGCAGCGGCGCCGCCUCCCCCUCCGCCGCCGCCGCCUGCUCCCUCCCCAGUCCCGGAGCGGAUGAUCCGAUGGAUGUGAAGGCGAGGCUCAAGGUGUGGGCGCAGGCGGUGGCGCUGGCAUCAACCACGCACCUUGGAUCCUGAUAUGAUUCAACGGUUGAGAUGCAAAAGCUAGCUCUGGCUAUAUAUGCCUUUGCCUCUUAAUUCUAAGUUAAUUUCAUCUAUUUUUUAGCCCUAUAUAUACGAAGAGAGGGGUUUAAUUUUCUCACCUUAUAUAUAUUCCACAUGUGUCACUUCUCUGGUUUUUUUUUUGGUAUACCAUCAUGUGUGUGCAUGUGUUGUCAACUUCUUCUUUGAGUCUUUUCACUUUUUCUCUAUCGUUAAAUGUAAAAUAUACUGUACGUGAGUGUGUGUGUGUUCGUCGAACUUAUGAUGUAAGGAUCGGAGUCUUUUCAAGUUAUGGGAUGAUAAAAAUCUCACAUGUGUACUCCGAAUUCUUGAUUAUAUAUAUAAUUCACAUGGGAAUCUAUCUUAUAUCUCCCUGUACAAA